AUGUUGGAAGCUGUUAUGUCAGACAAUGAAGACAACGUUGCCGUCGAAAGUGAUGCCAGCAUCGAUGAUGAUUACGUUGAAGAAUCUGAUCAUGAUUCAAUGUCAGAGCAGAAUGCUUCAUCGUCAGAAGAAUCUGAGGCAGAAGAGACUGAAACUCAGGAGCGCUUCUUCUUAGCUAAGGAUAAAAUAACUAAGUGGUUCAAAAUCAAGUCUCGAGCCGAUAUGGACGCUGUUCCAGUGCCUCAAGAUAGGACAGCAAUAGCGACUCCCUAUCGCCGCCAGGAGGCUUUUGGAGCUAUCCCGGACACGGCGCCAUGCGGAGCCAACGCAUUUGCGCAUGAUACUCUCUGA